GCCCUCAUUUCCCACCGUAGACUUUCACUACCCCUAGUUUCCCAUUCUCUGCCUCUAUCGCCAUGGCUUCGACCUCUGGAGUAGGGUCGUAUUCGAACCCUUUGAAAAAAUUCAAGCUAGUAUUCUUGGGUGAACAAAGCGUGGGGAAAACGUCGUUGAUUACCAGGUUCAUGUACGACUCGUUCGACAACACAUAUCAGGCGACCAUUGGAAUUGACUUCUUGUCAAAGACGAUGUAUUUGGAGGAUCGAACCGUUCGACUUCAGCUCUGGGAUACGGCCGGCCAAGAACGAUUCCGAUCCUUGAUUCCUUCCUAUAUUCGUGACUCGAGCGUAGCCGUUGUUGUGUAUGAUAUUUCCAAUGCGAAAUCUUUCCAGAACACCCGCAAGUGGAUCGAUGACGUACGGGGCGAGCGGGGAAACGAUGUUAUCAUCGUGCUCGUGGGCAACAAGACCGACUUGAGCGAUAAGCGAGAAGUGACAACAGCACAGGGUGAGGAGGAAGCCAAGAAGAAUGGUCUUAUGUUCAUCGAGACUAGUGCGAAAGUUGGGCAUAACGUGAAGCAGUUGUUCAGGAGGAUAGCUCAAGCGCUGCCGGGAAUGGAAGGGGAAGCCACCCGGGGGGAGAGCCAGAUGAUUGACGUUAAUAUCAGUCCCAAAGAGACCACGAACAAUGAUGGAUGCGCCUGCUAGAUGCUAUUUGGAAGCCUAUCGCCUUGGUCACUACCUACCUCACCUCUGCCAGCGUAAUUGCUUGGAUCUCAAUGAUGAUGUUUGAGAUUGUUUAUAAUAUCUGAUUUUCUUAAGAUGUACAUUUUUCCUUUUGCUUGUCAGUUGACUAGCGUGCCUAGAUGAACUCUUCUCGCUUCUGCUUCUCCUCCUGCUAUCUUCCAGUUGAAUGAAGCUUAAUCGAGGUUGGCGUUGGUUGCAUGUCAGUAUUCAGUGUUUUGUCCCAAGUAUAGUAUUCCAGACUUAAACGGUGCGAGUAUGUAUUUGGUGUUCAAGUCAAGUGUAAUUCUACCCGCCAGCCAUUAUGUACCUACAUAUAAUAUUAUAUAUUCACAUUAAAACAUCC